GAUUGCAUAGGGGACUAGUUAAACAAAAGGUGAAAGAGGCCCUUUGCUGAGGAGCUUAAAGACUAAUUGGUGUGCGAAGGAAGCCUCACUACUCUGUCAGGUUUACCCCCAAGUUUUAGUUAAUAACAGGCUUGGUUGAAGAUGUGUUUGUGUGAUAUAUUGGCAAACGGGUAGGCGUGUGAUGAAAAAUUACUGACGCAUAGGUAUGUUUGAGCCAAGAAAAUGUUGAGAACCACUCGUUUGAUGAAUGCAAGAUGCGGUGAGUGCCUGUAAGAAAGACAGGUGUAGGACUGGUAUGUCAUUACCUGAUAAGUGCUCUCUGAGCUCUGAUGGAGCCUUAUUAUAAUUGUAUUACAGUCCAGAGCUCGGUGUGUGGGAGAUGCAUGAAGGAGUUCAAGCCAACAGGACUGUGCUGUUGUCUCAGGGACAAGGCAAACAGCUUCCAGUACAUGAAUGCACGUAGAUUUGCAUGGGACUCAGCUAAACAAGUGGGUUUAGAGAUCAGGCUUGGAUGAAAAUGUAUUGAUCUCUUGUGGACUUGCAGCCUUUCUUGGAUGGAAAAAAUGAGUGUGAUUGAGAAGGCAGUGACUAAAAUGGUCAUUUAAACCAGAAUAGCUGAGUAAGCUGAGGCAUGAAGGAGAAUAGGCAAGGCAUGGACGAAUAUGAUGGCUGUGGUAUUUAAGGAGAGGUAUCCCUCCUGGAUAGCACUGUCCUGCCAGCAGGGAAGUUAACACACGGUGUGUAUCUGUCCUUCCUGCAGCUGAUUUCAUCAAGAGAUGAUGCUUGUGUUUAGUUUGCACUGGGGGUGGUGGGCAGGGAAGUCGAUGUAGCUGGAGUGAUUUUAGGAGGUGACAGUUUGGAGUCCUCCAGGGGAAAUAAGGGUGUAUUUAUCUCCUUGUAUGGAGUAUGUUGUACUCCCAGACCUCUCUCAGUACAAAUCUGGCCUUGAAUGGAAAAGAACCAUCAGAUAAGCAGCAGAGAAAUGAUUCAGCCCUAGAAAUGUGGGAGAACAAUAGUGUGGAUAAAUGACGGAGAGAAGAGAGCAUCUAGAACUUUUGUAGAGGAAAAACAGUCAGAGUGCUGAAAACAUCCUGACUGUACCUGCAUCCAAAAACAAGGGAGGGGCUUCCUUGGCAACACAUUUGUGGGGCAGAGGGAAUGGGCAUGUCCCUGGCAGCAAACAAGGAUGGAAGGGAGGGGCACAGUUGAGGAGGGAAUACACAAAUUCAUGCAGUAGGAAAACACCUAGGAGGAAGUUUUGGAGAGGUUUCAGUGUUAUUAAAAAGUAUGAGGAUUUGAUUACAGAAGCUUCUUUUGAAGACGGAAUUAUUAAGGAAGACAGCUUGUAGAUCAAGUAGUGCUAAGCAAUGAGCUCAGGGUGUUCUGGAAAUUACUAGGGUUUUGUGGCAAAUACUUGAUCCAGUUUCGAACAAAGGAACCAUUGUAAGAAAAUGUACCAAGGGCAUAGAGCAUCAGCAGCAGAGAAUGCUCCCAUUGGCCAAAGUUCUCAUCAGUCAUUAAUCUGCCUUUCUUCCCUCCAUUCUGCUUUCCUCUGCGCUGCCUUGCUCGGCUUCUGGCUGUCCUUUGGAGAGAUGCAGUUGCACUGCUGCCUAAGCAGAAGCUUACGUGCUGAGGAAAGGAGUUUCCUAGACUGCUUCAACUAUAAACAUUUCAGCUAAAAAGCAUCUGCUACGGCCUGGAAGGGUUCCAGAGCAGAGACCCUGAAAAACACUGCCAGCUGGCCUGCUAGAUAAUAGCUGCCAGAGGAGCGGAGCUGUCUGCAAGAGGUCUGAACAGGACACGGCUUGGACUUGGAGCCUGAAACCAAGUCGUUUGGCUGCUUUUGCCAUGCAAAUGAAAUGAGCGUGCUUGAAGACUAUUGGAGAUGAUGGUAUUGACUGGCCAUGGCAGCCUGGCUGGGGCUCAGGUUGCUGCCUGGUGACCGUGCAUCUGGGCACGUAAGGUGUUGACAGUGCUGACUCCAAAACAGCCGUUUGUGUUUCUGGUACCUCUGGUUCCUGCCGUUACAGAGCCCACCAACCGUACCAGCCGCACGCUCACAACGACACCGCACGUCUGUGAGGCACGAGGCAAAAGGACCCCCCGCCCUCCGAGCUGCCCCUGUUUCCGGCCGGCGCCAAGCUCCGGUGCCCGCCCACCCGCCAGCAGCCGCAGUUCCAUUGGCUCUAGGCGGUGCUCAUCCUCCAGAGCGGCCAAUCACAUCCUCCUCUUCCGCCCCGGCGUCACGGGCGCGCGGACGCCGGGGGUUUAUUAGGCGGCUCGGGGGGCACUUGCUUUUUGGCGGCGGGAGGAGACUGGCGCGGGGCUGUCGGCCGGCUGCGGAGCGCGGCUGUGGCGUUGCGGGCGGCCGCUGCCUGCUGCUGCUGUCCUGCGGGGGAGGCCCGGAGGCAGCUGCAUCACAACGGGGCGGCUUUGUAAAGGGAUCGAGCAAGAUGCCUCAUUGUUAGAUGCCAGACCAGUUGUCUGUGCCAAGCUGCAACCAAAAUGACUAAGUACAAGCUUGUUCUCCUGAGGCAUGGGGAAGGAGCCUGGAACAAGGAGAAUCGCUUCUGCAGCUGGGUGGACCAGAAGCUGAGCAGUGAUGGAAUAAAGGAAGCUCAAAACUGUGGCCGACAGCUUAAAGCUCUGGGCUUUGAGUUUGACCUUGUCUUCACCUCUGUACUCAGCCGCUCCAUCCAGACUGCGUGGCUGGUCCUGGAAGAGAUGGGCCAGGAGUGGGUCCCCAUUCAGAGUUCUUGGAGACUGAAUGAACGCCACUAUGGUGCGUUGAUUGGUCUCAACAGAGCAGAAAUGGCACUGAAUCAUGGAGAAGAGCAAGUGAAAAUAUGGAGGAGAAGCUAUGACGUUACCCCACCUCCCAUAACUGAAUCUCAUCCCUACUAUCAAGAGAUAUACAAUGACCGUCGAUACAAAUGCAGUGAUGUCUCUCAGGAUAAUCUUCCAAAGGCUGAAAGUCUAAAAGAUGUGCUUGAUAGACUCCUUCCCUACUGGAAUGAAAAGAUAGUGCCAGAACUCAAAAGUGGUAAAAUGAUCCUUAUAUCUGCUCAUGGCAACAGCAGCAGGGCACUGCUCAAGCAUUUGGAAGGCAUCUCCGACGAGGACAUCAUCAAUGUUACUCUCCCCACUGGUGUGCCCGUACUUCUUGAACUUGAUGAGAAUCUGCGUCCUCUGGGUCCUCACCGGUUUCUGGGUGAUCAGGAAGCUAUCCAAGCUGCCAUCAAAAAAGUGGAAGAUCAAGGGAAAGUAAAGUCUCCUGAGAAGUAAAAUCCCACUGACUAACAAAGUUACUUUCAAGUGUGUGGUAGUUAAGUGACUUAUUUAUGACUGCUAGGUUGCACUGUGUGAAAAUCUCAAUUUCAAGCACUAAGUAAUUAGAAGGGACAUUUGUUGAGUCUGUUUGGCAGAUGAACCCUCUGCCUUUCAAAAACUGGAAUUUAAAUCUCAGUCUGAGAUUACGGAUACUGAAGAAGGAAAUAACAUCAUUCAGGUAAUGGAAGCUUGCAGGGCAGUCUCACUCAGAUCUAGGUUUGAGCAUGGCCCAGGAUGGAGGAAAAAGGGGUAUGUUAUUGUCAUCUACAAACUACUAGACCUGAGCAGUUUGUGGGAAAAGCACUGUACAGCACCAUCUUACUGGACUACAAGUAACAAGUAGUAACUUGUAACAAGUCCAGAUUGUUACAAGUACUAACAUUGUUUUUCACUGACAGAAUAACAUGAUUUUUCUAUCAAUUGUCAUGCCAACUUUUUUCUGGAUAAAUUCCUUCAGUCUUUCCAAACACUUUCUACUGUACACUUUUAUCUCUUAUUUAAAGAUUCCCCGUGGCCAGAUCAUGGUCCAGAGGUGAGUUUUGUAGAGAUGUUUGGACUGUUAGAGCUACCACAAUUCUUUUAUUACACUGUCAUUCAAUUUUUAAGAAAUCUAGCAGGUAUCCCUCUUCCUGCACCAUCUUUGCAAUAUUGCAAACCAACAAAACACAGUUGUGCAAUAUAAUUGGAUUUAACUCAAAUUUUAACCACAAACUAAGCACAAGCUUUCCUGCUCCAUGUUUAAAUUAUAACUUAGCCCCAGUGAGCAACCUAAACAGUUCUGGAACACAAAUAACAUGUACUAGAGGUUUGAGGAACUUGUUAGAAUUGUUCGUUUUUUUACCUCAGUGAAACUGGAGAUAUGAAGCCCCUCUUUAAGCUCUGAGUUGCAAAGAACAGGUAAAUCUGUUGGUAGACUUCUCUGGUGGGCUGAAGUGCUGCAUAGGACAUGUAAAAUGUAUUACUAAAUGCAGCUCAUGCAGCUAUCGAGCGUAGCAGUGAAGGAUAUUCUACAGUGUCUGAAAGUGAUCUCCCGUAGAGCUCUACCCACAGUCAUAGCUUGAUUCCUGUUGAGUGUGACCCUAAGCUUGGUCUAAGCUUAGGGUUUUGGUACUAAGCUUGAACUGUGGAUGUACUGUAGUGUGUUCUGGCAUCAAGUUAGUUCCAAAUUCACUUGCAAAUUUGAAACCAUUGUUACUGAAGUUUAAAUCUGACACAGUGACUCAACAUUUGACCUCAAUUACCAGCAUCAGUGGCACUUGUGUAUACAGCAUUUGAGCUGAAUGUGUUUUCAGUGUGGCCCAGCAACAAAUCUCAAGAAGCUAAUAAAUUUCCUUGGUAUGAUAGUAUAAACCUUCUGAAAACCGUAGAGUGUCUCCUUUUUGCAGUGAGCAGCUUGGUAGCAAUUUUGGAAGUGUGAAGAUGGCUUUUCCUUUGAGGAGAGCAGUGUGACAAUCUAUGCUUCUGAUACAAACUGGAGGGAACCUUUCCAGGUCAGAUACCAGCUGAUGAUAGCAUGACAGGAACUCCACGAAAGACUUCUUUACUACAUGGUACUUCCCCUUACAUGAACAAUGCUUGGGCUUUUCUUGGGUUUUGUUUUAGUAGCCCUUGCAAUAGGAACAAAGUUACUUGUGUUUUUCUUAAGCAUAAAGCUGGUAGGUUUCUUCUUUUUGUACAAGCCAGGAUAUUAAUCUUUUUCUCUGAAACCCUGUUAGCAGCUUUCCUACUACCAUAUUUGUGACACUGCUUGACUUUAUGGGUUUUUAGCUUUCUGUGCAUAGUGACUCAGAAUCUUAGCUGAUACUUGGAGUUGGUGUUAAGGAGUUGUAUUGUUGAUGUCAAAGCAUACUUGUCAAUGCAAUGAGGAAGGACUGCUGGCACUGAUUAGACUUCUCACUAAACAUUCAAUUAUGUUCAUUACGAAGUAAAAGUUUACUUGAGAUUCAUUAACAAGACAAGCCUAGCCACGUCAUUAGUGUGAGCAGCAUGUGUCAGGAUGUGGGCUUAGAGGGCAUGAUCCUCUGCCCGUAUUCUCUUGGUGUGGUGGUAUUGUAAUGUUGGACUUCUUGAGGACUUAAGACAUGAGUGGAAUUUGCGUGGAAACAAAUCCAACUGAAGUGGGAGAUGCUCUCUAGUGGAAGAAGAGCACUGAUGUCUGAUCUCUUCAGGGGUUGCAUUGGGGAAUGGAAAGGUGAAUAAGUUUAAAAAGCAUUCAUGUUUAUUUCUGCAGCUGAGAUGAUGCAAUUGACUGAAAACAACCUUUCAGAGCCUUGGAUGGUCAGAAAAGAGCAAUGCAAUGCUUUCAGGUGGCACUGUUUUUACAGUGCUUCUUGAGGCAGGAAUGUGCUGGUGCCCUGGAAGGUUGGACUUAAUUUGCUUUGACCGUGACUCCAAAGAUGACAGGGUUUUUUAUGCACAUCUGGCAACAAUACCACCUCACAAAAGCAUUGGAUGGAACCAGCUGGAGAUUUCAUUCAUCUUAAAGACUUUCAUCUUCAAGAUGAAUUCAACACCUUGCACUACUUGUUUCUAAAUAGCCUUGUAAUUAUGUGUUUUAUGAAUCAAAUUUAUAUUGAAAAUAAACCAGCUUUUGGCAGUGACAUAAAGAAGAAUGCCUGGCCUUCAGGCAUAGCUACAUUAGAAGAAAAGAGAAUCUUGCUGCUGGUGGCUUUACAAAUCAGUGGUUGGAAAACAUUUUUCUCCAUAUUUGAAUAUGCAUCAGUGCCUCGAAGUCUUCUAAGGGUAACCAGUGUCUCUACAGUUAACAUCAUGGAUGUGGUUGAUUUGUAUUUUCUUAUACCUUUUAACUUGUGGUUCAGUAGUGAGUAGCUCUAGAAUUCUCUUGUAAAUAUGGUGGAGCUGACAGGUUCUUUAACUCAAUAAAUGCACCUGAAAUAGAAUUUAA